AUGGAUCAGAGCGACUAUGAAAAUUGGGAAUAUGGUAGCGACAGGAAAAUUUCAACAAUCAGGAUCUUUCGACCAGAUACCACCUAUACAACUGUCAAUUGUGUACUCAACAUCACUGCUAGCGAGUUGAGCACCAUCCUUUACAAGAAAAUAUUUAAGCCAGACACUUCCAAGUUUCGUCUUUAUAUGCUUCGUAACAAUAUUGUUCGUCCUUUAAGCUCUCAUGAAAGACCUCUCCAUAUUCUUCGCAAGCUUCUGAUACAAUAUGGCUAUACUGAUCAAGACAAGCUCGAGGAACUAUCUGGCAAGGAUAAUAGGUUCAUUUGCCGAUUUACAUUUGCGGAGAAUAGCGCACCUUUGACAACAGUAUGUUUUUAUAUCAAUCUGGAGAGGAAGUGUCUGCCAACUAUUCCUAUAUUCCUUUAUCUCAGAGCUAAAGAUAUUGUUCGACUGAAUAUUUCACAUAACCACAGGAUGGAAUUGCCAUUGGACUUUGUUCAAAACUGCGUUGUACUGCGAGAGCUUCGCAUGGCUUACAAUGAUCUCGACAGAGUCCCUAGUAACAUACGCUCAAUUAUAUAUUUACAAGUACUGGAUCUUCGUGGGAAUAGGAUCAGGAAUCUAGAAAAGGCACGGCUGGAGGAGGCACGAGAGCUUGUCACCCUUCUGCUUCAGAGUAACCGUCUGGAAAUUAUUCCCGAUUCAUUCCAAUUUGAACACCUUCGAGUUCUCAACCUCUCAACCAACAACUUUGCAGUUAUGCCAGCCCCACUCUUUAAAAUAACAACAUUAGAAGAGUUGGAUAUGAGCUUCAAUGAACUUACAGAUAUUCCUGAAGCUAUCGGGCGUCUCAUACGCCUCAGGAAGCUAUGGUUGUUUGGCAAUAGGAUUGGGCCCGACCUUCCCAAGAGUAUGUCUGAGCUCACUCGUUUGCGAAAGCUGGAUAUCCGCCAAAACGGCAUCCUGAAUAUAGAUUCCAUCAACAACCUCCCGUCGCUUGAGGAACUAUUAAUCGAUUACAACUCAAAUGUUACAUUGAACAACUCCUUCAAAUCAUUAACCAAAGCAUCACUCUUCAAAUGUAACAUGACGAACAUCAAUAUCAAGGGUACGGCGAAUACCCUUACCUUCUUAAAUAUGUCUUCCAAUAAGCUCUCAAAUUUGGCACCGACUUUGUUUGAGCAUUUAUGCAGCUUGGAGGUCCUCAAAUUGGAUAAUAACGGCAUUACCUCCUUACCCGAAACAAUCGCUUGUCUCAAGCGCUUGAAACACCUAUCUUUAUCCGCUAACCAGCUCUCGAGCAUUCCUGAGGAGAUUGGUCAGUUGAACUCAUUACUUGAACUAGAUUUACACAGCAAUUGUUUAGGCGAGCUGCCUGUAGCGAUUUGGCGUUGCUCUCUCAUCAGCCUUAAUGCUUCAUCCAAUUUGCUGGAGUCAUUCCCUGAUCCUCCAAAGGCCCAAGCCCUUCUCAAUCUAAGCACCGUAGCAUUGUCGACUCCAACCAUGCAAAAUGAUGUAGAUGGCUCACUUUCGACAGCCAGCGGAGGUACCUCAAUGGCUACCCCCUCGCCUUCACGUACAAAGCUUCUUCCGGCGCCUCUCCAAAAUACGCCAUCUAGUCGCGCGCCCUACGCACCACCAUUGGCCGCAUCUCUGACUAACCUUUCCCUUGGCGACAAUCGACUACCAGACGAUGUUUUCUACCCAAUAUCUCAUUUUACAAAUCUCCUGGAGCUAAAUCUCAGUCACAACUAUAUAGUAGAGAUACCUCGUGGCAAGAUUCCUAACCCAGGACAUAUCUUAGAAUUACAUCUAAGUGGCAACCAAUUGACCAGCUUACCAGCAGAAGAUAUUGAACGACUUCGAAACUUGCGUGUGCUACAUGUGAAUGGCAACAAAUUGACGACUCUGCCUGCUGAACUUGGUAAGAUCAAUAGGCUCGGGGUCCUGGAUGUCGGCUGCAACAUGCUCAAAUACAACAUUUCGAACUGGCCAUACGAUUGGAACUGGAAUUGGAAUUUGGAGCUCAAAUAUCUUAAUAUGUCGGGCAACAAGAGGCUACAGAUCAAGAGGCAGAAUGUGGAAGCCGUUCCUAUCAUUGCUGCAACCUCACGGCCAGGCAAUCUCUCUGAAUUUGGAAAUCUAACAAGGCUCCGUAUCUUGGGAUUAAUGGAUGUAACACUCACAGACAAUGUUCCUGAGAAUUCUGCAGAUAGGCGAGUCAGAACCUCCAUGUCGACACUGCAUAAUAUGUCGUACGGUAUGGCAGAUACUCUAGGCGACUCAGAGACGCUCUGUAUCUGGGAUCUUGUUCAUCCAAAAUUCCAAACCAAGGAAGACGAGAGCUUGUUUGGAUUGUUCGAUGGUCGAAAUGAUGAGUACCGCUCAAGCUGUAGCAUGACGAAUCAUCUUAAGGAUCGAUUUGGUGUAUAUUUAAAGUUAGAGCUGGAGAAGCUGGAAGGUACUGACACGGUCGAAAGCGCACUUCGACGAACCUUUUUGGGACUCGAUCGGGAACUCUGGCCUCUGGCAGAAGACGACGGUAAGGGGGGUGUAUCCGCCUUGGUAGCGUAUAUCAAGGGCGUGACCUUGUAUUGCGCCAAUGUUGGGGACGCUGUCGCUGUGUUGGUCAAGAAGUCAGAUUCGCACCAAGUUAUUUCGCAAAAACAUAUUCCAUGGAAUCCAAUAGAGGCCUCGAGAAUUAAGCGGUCUGGUGGCUUUGUGAGCGAAAAAGGUCUUUUGAACGAUGAGCUGGACAUAUCGAGAUCAUUUGGUCAGUACCACCUUGUGCCAGUCGUGAACCCCAAUCCUUAUAUUGAAGCCACAACGUUGUCAGAGGAUGAUGACUUUUUGAUUAUGGCUUCGAACGCAUUCUGGAAUGUGAUGUCGUAUUCGACAGCCGUGGAUAUUGCUAAGGCCGCUAAAAGAGAUUAUGGGGACCUGAUGUAUGCAUCCCAGAAAUUAAGAGACAUCGCCAUCUCAUAUGGUGCUAGGGACCACAUGGUUGUGAUGUUGAUUGGUGUUGGUGACCUGUUCAAGAAGAAGGAGCCGUCGGAGGCAUUAGAUUAUCACCAACCUAAUUACAAGAGACCCAAGCCUAUUGAAGGCCCUGCUGAUACCGUAAGUUACCUAAAAUAUCUUAAACCUGAGAUUGAGCCUCCACAAGGAGACGUAGCGAUGGUAUUUACCGAUAUCAAGAAUUCGACGAAGUUAUGGGAGAACAUCCCAACUGCCAUGCGUAUUGCCAUUAAAGAGCAUUUUCAUAUUAUGCGUCGACAACUGAGGUCUAUUGGAGGAUACGAAGUCAAGAAUGAAGGAGAUGCGCUCAUGGCCUCCUUCUCCAGUGUUCCAGCGGCUAUGCUCUGGUGCUUCAAAGUCCAAGAGCUCCUAGUUGUGGCAGAUUGGCCUCAAGAUAUCUUGGAUUCUGUAGAGUGUAGGGCUAUAUUUAAUUCGUCAGACCCAAACCAACCAAUGUAUCGAGGUCUCUCUGUACGUAUGGGGAUUCAUUGGGGUCAACCAGUCAGCGAUCGAGAUGCAGUGACAAGACGCAUGGAUUACUAUGGCCCAAUGGUCAAUAGGGCAUCUCGAAUCUGCGACGCUGCAGAUGGCGGUGAGAUCUGUGUUAGUAGCGAUGUGAUCACUGUGAUGCAGCAUUUGUUGAAUGAUCCGGACUUGGAGCAGUCGGAUUCCCCUCAUGCGGAACAUGUACGUGAACUCAAGAAGAUGGGCUUUGGUGUCAUUGAUCUUGGUGAGAGAAAGCUCAAAGGCCUGGAAACACCCGAGAAUCUGCAUUUGAUUUAUUCGCGCCUUUUGGCCGGUCGUUUAGCUAUGGACCCAUCCAAAGCCAUGGUUGGCAAUCCUAUUCUCGAGACUGUAAGUUGA